GAUAAUAGAAAAAUGCUUGUGUUUCCUCGCAUUUCUUAAUUACAGUUAAAGGCUAAGAAAAGUAAUUGAGACAAAAUGGAAAAUGAAACACAACAGAAAAUAGAUUGUGAGAUGAAAACUGAUCUCAAUUUGUUACUUGAGUGUCUGAAGUAUCAAAUGGACCAUCCUGUUUCUCAAAAGGAAGCCUUGGUUACCAUUUAUUCAGCUUGUCAACACAACAGUAAUGCAACGGAUUAUUUUCAAGAAAUUGGUGGUUUGCUCUUUGUAUAUAACCUGGCAAAAUCAAGCAAGUACAGUAUGGUAAAGGAAGCUGCUUUAUUCACAUUAGGAGGUUUAGCGGAGAGUAACGGUAACACACACGUUUAUUCUUCUCAUAUUUUUGUCAUAUUUUUAAAUCAUUGUGUUCCUCUUUGUCCAUUUCUGCCAAAUAUGUGGUUUUGUAUGUAAUUAAAUCUGUUUAACAACUUGCAAAAUUUAUGUUACAUCUCAUUAUGUAAGGAUGCUCACCGACUAGAGGAAUAUUCAUAGAUGAGUCAUUACCACUAGCUUUUAAUACUUCUUAACUGGUUAUAACUAUAUGAGAAAAGCAAGAGAAGAGUAAGAGUCCUCAACAGAUAUUAUCAAGAUAAUUUAUUGUGAGAAAAAUGAGGUUCAAACCAAAUAAUAAUGGUGAACCCAAUGGCCGGCCUUGGGUUCGUACAUUACUAUCACAGAAGGAUCUUAUAAUGAGCCGUAUUGUGCUUUUAUCCUUUUUACUAUGAUGCAAUGUGUUUUAAACUUUUUAAAAAUGUAACUGUUUAUUUUUAAUGUUUUCCUAUUAAAUAGGUUUUAACUGUAUUUUAUUUUAAUUUGUUGCUAGAUGCCAUGUGUCCGAUACUGGGAGAAAGGUGGGGAAAAAUAUGAAUACUGCUCAGAAUUAGUGCCACUGAACUAAGCUCCACUGAACACAGUGAGCUCACGUUUGAGAAAACAUGCAUUGGGUUACAUUUAUUUAUUGACUGGUUUUAUAGCCUGCCUUUCUUCCAGCUCAGGACUCAAGUUAGCUUAAUUACAUGGAAUAAGAAGUCUUAAUAUUGUUAAUAUCACUAGAUGCCCAUGCAAUCAAUUGUACAUAGCCUCAACAUAUAGGACAAAAGAAGUGGUGCUCCCUGG